AUGAAGAAAGAGGCCAUUGAGUGGAUAAUGGGUCCGGGUAAAGGGAUCCCGUCCCGUGCCGAGAAGCACUUUGCGGCGCUGAACUGGGACGUCAGCGCGUCCUCUUUCCGCAAAUGGUGGAAGAACCGAGACAAGAUUCUGGGCGACUCUGGCAGCAAGAAGCGCAUCAGCGGGGGAGGACGCAAGCUGUACUUGGAGGACUCGGAGGAGAAGCUACUGGUCGUGGUGAUUAAAGAGCGAGCCAAGAAGGAGCGCGUGACAAGGAAGUGGAUCGCCAAGACGGCGCAGCACAUGUUCCAGCGCUCCGACUCGACCUUCAAAGCCUCCGAGAACUGGGUCACCAAGUUCAUUCGACGCAACGGACUCACGCUCAAGCGCAGCUACGUCACGUACGAGCCGCAAUUGCCGACACCGGCAGCUGCUGCGAUUAUCUCGCAACCAGCGGCGGCGACGGGGGCGGCUACCGGAAACAAUGUUGUGGUGUAGUAUAGUCGAGCAAGGUUGGCUUUUGAGCUUAUUUGAAGUCAUUGGUAUCGAAGCUUUUUUUUCUUUUCUCUUGC